AGAAGCGCACACAGCGGUACUUGUGCGUGGUGUGGCGCUACGUGUGCUCGCUAAACACAAGUCUAACUUUGCUCACUUGCAUAUUAAAUUCUCCCAUUUCGUUUCGGAAGCGCCGAUUUUUUACAGGAAUCACCAUGAGUAUACUCGCCAAAAUAGCGGAGAUUGAAAAUGAGAUGGCCAGGACGCAGAAGAAUAAGGCCACAGCUCACCACUUGGGUCUGCUCAAAGCACGUCUUGCAAAACUGAGAAGGGAGCUCAUCACACCAAAGGGAGGUGGUGGAGGUGGACCAGGAGAGGGUUUUGAUGUAGCAAAAACUGGCGAUGCUCGUAUUGGCUUUGUUGGAUUCCCAUCAGUGGGGAAAUCUACACUGCUAAGUAACCUUGCAGGUGUAUACUCGGAGGUUGCUGCCUAUGAGUUCACCACUCUUACAACUGUACCUGGAGUCAUUCGCUACAAAGGUGCCAAAAUUCAGCUCCUGGAUCUCCCGGGAAUCAUUGAGGGGGCCAAGGAUGGCAAGGGCAGAGGCAGACAGGUCAUCGCAGUGGCUCGAACAUGCAACCUAAUCCUCAUAGUGCUUGAUGUGUUGAAGCCUCUUCUUCAUAAGAAGCUAAUAGAGCACGAGCUGGAGGGCUUUGGCAUCCGACUUAAUAAGCAGCCACCCAACAUUGGUUUCAAGAAGAAGGACAAAGGAGGCAUCAACUUCACGACUACAUGUGCACAAACAGAGCUGGAUGCUGAAACGGUGAAGACUAUCCUGGCAGAGUACAAGAUCCACAACGCCGAUAUCACUCUGCGUGGCGACUGCACUGCUGAUGACCUCAUUGAUGUGGUGGAGGGAAACCGGGUCUACAUACCAUGCAUAUAUGUGCUCAAUAAAAUCGAUCAGAUCUCUAUUGAGGAGCUGGACGUCAUCUACAAGGUUGCCCACUGUGUUCCCAUCUCAGCCCACCACCGCUGGAACUUCGAUGACUUGCUGGAGAAGAUGUGGGAUUAUCUCCAGCUUGUGCGAAUCUACACUAAACCCAAAGGCCAACUUCCUGACUACACAUCUCCCGUUGUACUCCCUGAUGGUCAUACUGCAGUGGAGGAUUUUUGCUUGAAGAUUCACAAAAAUCUCAUCAAGGAGUUAAAAUAUGCUCUUGUGUGGGGAUCAUCUGUGAAACAUAACCCACAAAAGGUGGGCAAAGACCACGUGAUGGAGGAUGAAGACGUUAUCCAGCUGGUGAAAAAGUAAAAAGAGUUUUAAUCUCAGUGCAUGGCCUGUGUAUCAAAGCAUUCUGCACUGCUGCUCGAUAAAGUGUCAUACAUACAUCGGACCAUCUGUGUCAUGUGGUUCCCCCUUUUUUUGCUAGAAUGGAAAAGCAAUGGAUUUAAUGGAAGUGUCACAUUUAAAAUAACAAAGUACUUGUCACCAUGAAUAGUUCAUAUUGAAUAUUGGUUAAGACUUGCAUUACAAUCUAAAAUCUGUACAAUAAAACAAAUAAAAGACGAUUUGCCUCA